UGGAGUUGAGAAAAAAGCUACUAUAAGUCUUGCUGUGUUGGAUGAGCUUAAAGAUUCGGUGUUGGGGCUUGUAGUUAGGCAAGUUGGAUUGGAGUGUGUUUUGAAAGAAUUUCGUAAGGAAGUUGACGAAAAAUUUGCAUUACUUGAGGAAAAUUUGAAGGGUUACAUUGAUCGUAAAGUUGGAGAGGAUUUAACUUUUUAUUUUGAUACGAAGUUUUCAGAAUUGAAAGAUUUGAUUAAAGAUAGUAUUGAGAAUGUUGUACCACAGGUGAUGUUUUUUGGUUUCUUUUAUGAUUGAUAUUGUUUAUUUUUAGUUUUAUUUGUUAAUAUGCAAUGGUUUUUAUGUGAUUUUGUUUUUGUAGAGUAAUGAGGAUGAAAAUGAGGAUGACGGUGGUGGUGGUGGCAAUGAUAGUCCCCGUAACCUAGAUGACAUUAGUGAUGAUGUUGAGCCUACUGUUAAGGGGGAUGGUGAGGAUGCUGGUGAAGAUGCUGCUGAUGUGAAGGAUGGUGAAGAUUGUGUUGGUGGUGACGGUGAUGUUUAUAAGGAAAUUAAAAAUAUUUCCGAGAUGUCUGUGAAAGAAGUUGAUAGUCAAGAUUUUGCUGGUUUAUGUUCUUUGGAAAAGGAUAUGCCAAAUUUUGACAUAUUGGGUUCGUUAUUAGGACAAAAUGAGACUGUUGCAAUGGUAGAGGAUGAAGUUUUGGGUUCUGAUGGUGGUAAUGUAGGUGGAGUUGAGGGAGUUGCUGAGAAAGUUAGUGCGGGUACCGAUGAUGGUUUUUCAGAAUCUGUGAUGGCUGUUAUAAAUCAGAAAGUGGAUGAUGCGUGUCAUGCAUAUGAAGUGAAGAAGAUUAUGGACAAGAUUAAGGUUUGUGAAUCUCCCAAAUCAAAGAGGGCUCAUAAGCCUAGCGUGGUUUUACAGAGUCCUUACAGAAAUGAUUUUGGGUCUUCUGGUAGUAAUGAAAAGAUGAAGAAAAAGAAUGUUAAAGGUCAAUAUGCGUUUAAUUCUGGGUUGUUUGAUCCUCCGCACGAACUUCAACAGAAGGCAUUUGAUGAGUGGUUCUGUGUUGGGUUCAAGGAUGAGAAUAAGAAGAAGAAGUUUGUUCAAGGGAAGAAUCUUUUUAGUCCUGCUUUAGAUUUCUGCAUUGAUAGUGUUCAGGACAAGUGGUGGUUUUAUGAUCUUUUGACCCCUGGGAGGUGCCUUAGUGACUCGCAUAUGGAUGUAAUAUUUUAUUACUUGCGAAAGAAGUUGAAGUAUGAUCCUAAUGUUGCAGUGUCUGCAACAACCACAGAUUAUCAUUUCUGUUUUAAGGUGGUUGAAUUGUAUGAUAAGUUUGUCAAGUCUGGAAACAAGAUUGAUGCUGUGCCUAAGAGUAACAUUGUUACUGAAUACAUGAGUGGGUAUUACAUGUAUGCUAACAAAGAUUGGCUACGUGUUGAUUAUGUGUUGAUUUACAUGCAUAUUAAGGAUGAAAAGCAUUGGAUUUUGAUCAUUUUUGAUAUUAGGGCUAGGUGUCUCAAUGUUUAUAAUUCCUUAGGGUCUAGACAUGAGUUGGACAGGAAAACAGCUGGUUAUGUCAAGCCUUUUGCAGUGGUGUUGCCUAUAUGUUUGUCAUUCAUUGACUAUUACAGUAGGAGGAUGGAUAUUGACACAAGCCAAGGAUUUUUUAAAGGGAAAAAGGAGGAGGACAUGCUUGAUGUCUUUGUUGUUACUAAGUUACCUCAACAAGUAGACAAUGAUUGUGGCUUGUUCGUGGCUAAGUAUGCUGAUUUCUUUAUUCAUGGAUGUAUUGAGAAACUUCCAAAUCUUCUAGAUGUGGGGUUUUUUAGGAGGAAGCUCGCUGUUGAGUUGUAUGUUCAUGCCAAGAAGAAACUGUUGAAUGAUUAUGAUUCUGAGUCUGAGUUUCCUGGGAGGAUUCCAAAAGCUUGAUUGGAUUGAAGGGGUUUCGAAUCUGCACUAGGAUGAAACUUUUUGGUGUACUAAAGUUGGAGUUUCAACUGGAAUGAAACUUUUUGGUGAACUAUUUUGAGUCAAAGUAACUUGUUUUGUUACUUUUGUUUUUAGAAUUGUAAUUAAGCUCCAAUUUUUUAGUACAUUUGUUUGUUAGUAUUAGUGAAUGGUGUAUCUGGACAGUAGGGUUUAUAUGUAGUAUUUAGCUAGGUGUUAAUCUGUUUGUUGUUGGUAACACUGAUGUGAAGGGACCGUUUAGUAUCUUUUUUUGGAAAUAUGCAAGUAUAUAAGUAGUUAAAAUUGUUGUUUGGAAUGUUAUGUUUUAAUGGAAGUAUUCAAGUUUAUAAAGUUGGAAAGAAA